AACACUUGUUCCGUCAUGUACAACUAGUACCUUCAAUUAUAUUCGGGUUGCUAAACUAAAUUUUUAAGAAUUGAUGGAAUACGAUGGUUGAUGAGAAGCCUUGCAGAACAUGCACGGAUUUCAAAACUUGGGCGAGAUUACAGAAAAAGACAUAUGAGUCGGAAAAGCAAGAUGAAAAUGAUCGGAAAGAAACAGUGGACAACAACGCAGCCGUGGCAGCGACAGAACGUAAGCAGCGGAGUUGUCCACUCGACAAAGAUGAGUUGGGAACAGUCACGUGGUCCUUCCUGCAUACGAUGGCAGCCUACUUUCCGGAAAAGCCGACCCAAGAACAAAGCAAUGACAUGAGAAUAUUCUUCGAUGUCUUCUCAAAAUUUUACCCUUGCAGCACAUGUGCAGAGGAUUUAAGAAAACAAUUAGAGAUAAGACCACCUGAAACCACCUCUCAGAUUGACCUGAGCCAAUGGCUCUGCACGAUCCACAACGAGGUGAACAAGAAAGUGGGCAAACCGAUUUUUGAUUGCAAACUUGUCAAUCAGAGGUGGAAAGAUGGUUGGCUAGACGGUUCAUGCAAUUAAAAUUCCUUGAAUCAUGUGGAAUAUAGCUGCAAAAUAUUUGGAUAAUUAUAUUGUUCCUUGAUAUCCAAAUUAUUUCCAUUGUAAAUAGAUUUCAUUUGAAGAAAAUAAAAUAAAUGAGCUUUCUCAACAAAUGAUUUCUUUGUAUGAAGUUUGGUGUUAAAGUUCAUGAAAACGGUGUGAAGUGUACAUCGAACGAUGUUCAAAAUGUUCAGAAACUACAUUUUUCACUGGUAUUUGACCAUUUUAACGCUGUUUAUUCGUCAACUACGUGAGGGAUUGAACUGUAACGGUAUGAAAUAGAUACUGUCAUUAUCCAAUCGUACGUCAUUUUAUCUCGAUGUUUCAUAAUAUGAUCAUUCUAUCAUAUUAUGAAAUGAGUCAGCGUAUUAUGGAACGUGAAUACGAUUCAUGACCACCCGUACUGGAGAAAUGCAUUUCUUUUCGUCGCAAGGCCGGAAAAAUACUAUUUUGGAUCAGUGUGAGGGGUGCAAACCGAGGCGAAACUGAGGAUUGCAAUCACAUAAGUCAGAACAUUUUCUUCGACCUAGUGACGAAUCUAAUGGAGGUCACUAGUUUUUACUAAACCGUUGAUAUAGCGUUACGCAUAUUUUGAUAUUACAAGAUAUUGUUGGAUAAAAUUUUGAACUAGGUAGGAGGGGAACCAGGAUGAUUCUCGACAGUUUACAAGAUUAUUAAACACGACGUGCCCAUAAAAUAUCGUUUCACGGACAGUGCGAUGAAAUAUAUAUUUCCGUAUUAUUUACCUUUUUUUUUUUUUUAAACUUGCUUUAACGAGAUUUGCUCGUUGUGGGUGUAAAUAUCCUUAAAUCGAGAGCAGAAAACUUCCAAAAUUAUUGGAAGUCAGUAACGUAUCGUAGCUCAUAUGAGACCUUGAAGUAAUAUGAAUAUGUGUAAAAAUCCUUAAAUCGAGAGUAGAAACCUUUCGAAAUCAUUGGAAAUCUGUAACGUAUCGUAGCUCAUAUCAGAUCUUGAAGGAAUAUGAAUAUACUCCAGUUGAGUUGUUGAGUAUAACAAAAAAAAAUAUUGCGGUGAUAUUACUAAAAUUUGUGAUAAGAGUAAUCGACUGUGUGAUGUUAUAAUUAGUAUGAACUGUAAGAGACACCUAUACUUUUAUAUCGGACUUGAACUGAUGAAUUCUAUAGAUACAAUUUCUAUAUUUUGGAUUUCUUGUGUGAAAAACUGACAAAAAGAAGUCGGAUGAUGUCGGACACUGACAGCAUCCAGUCUUCAUGUAUUUGAAGGGUGUCAGUAGUGGUGUCCCCAUGAUAGACCUAGGGGCAAAUGCCCAAAAAUAAACGAAAAAGUUUGUCUAACAGAUUCGGGCAUAACAUAUGUAUAAGUUUGUAACGUAUAGUUUUCGAAAUAACACUUUAGCCGAGUGGCAGCGCGUCCACUUACCAACCCAGCGAUUUGAGUUUAAAACUUUUUUCUGAUAUAUACAUAUAUAAUAGAAUAUAACUCUGUAGCGAAGCGAUCAAACGGUUUAAGUCGAUUUUGAGCGAAUUGAGAGCUACAAAAAGGUUUGUUUGAAACGAAGCUAAGUCUCCAGCAAUUUCCGGUCGACUAACUCCGAAAAUCUCCGUGACCCUUCGGGUCAACCGAGGAAAGAGCCAGUAGUAUAUCAGGCAUGGCAUAGUAGAGACAAUAGCAUUCAAAGCAUAUUAAUUUCUAUUUCUUUGUUCAGUCCAUCACUAUUUUUUGUCAAAAUUAAAUUAAAUUCAGCGAAUCAACAAGACAAUUAUCGAAUAUAAUUAUCAGUGAAAAAUGCCUAUCAACAGUGAAAUCAUUUGCCAAAGGGUGUAUUUAAUAACUUAACGGUGGGGUUUGAUCUCACGAAUAAAUUGUGACUUUUUAUAAUCA